AUGAGUGAUUCGGUAUGGCUGCCUUCCUUCUCAGUCUGGUCCUCCCGUCCACCACCUCGGACACUGGUAUCCUGUUCUGUUGGGUUUUCCAGACCGGGCGGGGCAAAGGUCCGAUCUCUACAAGACCUUCUCCGCGCCAUUCAGCCUCUUAACAUUCGACUCACUGCGGCAUCAUCACUCCGAAAUCCCCAAAGAGCCGGCGAGGGUGCAUCGUACACAGUCUUUCGAUACACCGAUGUUGCGACCAACAAGGCAGUUGCCGUCAAACAAAUCAAAUUAGCCCAAGAUGCCAACAACCAUCAGGCUCACCAGGACCGAGUGGAAUGCGUUUUGAAAGAUAUAGAGGUCAUGUGCCAUCCGCCUCUUGCUCAGCACGAGAACAUACUGACACUUCUGGGCUAUGGCUGGGGGUUACGGCAAGGAGACACCAUACCAUUCAUCGUAACUGACUACGCUGCUUGUGGCACGCUGCGCGAUUAUCUCCAAAGCGUGAGAGUUCCCAUGAGCUCCAAACUGUCCCUGUGUAGUCAAGUCGCUUGUGGUUUGAACAGGAUGCAUUGGGCUGGUGUUGCUCAUGGUGACUUAAAACUUGAGAACGUACUCGUCUUUCCCAGCCACACGAUAGAAGGUUCAGGGACUUAUGAGACCGAUGUGACAGUGAAGUUGUCAGACUUUGGACACGCAUGCCUUUUUAGGGACGAGCAAGGAGAUGGUGCAGUUCAGAUUUAUCGAGGCACUCUUUGGUAUCUGGCUCCCGAACUCCGUCAUGGUUCGAGUCUCAAAAGCGUAGAAUUUCUGCGAUGCGACGUCUGGGCCCUUGGCCUUUUAUGCUUGGAGGUUGUCUGGGACGGUGCUAGAUACUACCAUCUACCAUCGAUAACCUCUCUGAACGCUUGGCCCCAGGUAACUGAAGCAGAAACGAAGUCAUCUCAUGAGUGGGACCGUUCCUUCAGCUUGUGCUCUUCGCUCUCUGAAGCAGCAGAAAGGUCGAUGGACGAUAUUCCCUCGCGUCAUGAGUUCCGUCCUUUGCAAAAGACAAUAAUUAAAGGUAUACUGAGGCAGACUCUAGAGGCAGACUCUUCAAAGAGACAACACGAUCUCUCAAAACUUCCAUUCAUAUUUGGCGGGGGACUUCACCUAUCAUGGAACGAGAUGGGAAACAUCGAGGAUUCGCUCCAAGCGAUGCCCAACCUACCAGAAGGGGGUUGGUCUUACGAGAACUUCCUCCCAAAGGUGGCCAGUCGUAUACCUUUUCGUCUGAAGGAACAAAUGGUACUAGACGCCAAACGAACUGCUCUCACGGAAUGCGACGUUUCGACUAGAGCUGCGUUCCAAGUUGCUCUAGCCUUCUUCAACGGAUUCGGAAUCGAUCGUGACAUGUCCAUCGCUAUGCAAUACAUGAGAAUGAGCAGCUCAUCAACCUGUCUUCCGUUCGAGAUUCAUCGCAUGGUUCUGCAAGACCGAUACCAUAAUACCGACAAGCUACGGACGACUGUGCAAGGCUACAACCCUCUUUGCUCCAUCUUCACGAAACUGGGCGUCUGGGCUUCUCCAACACUUCAUACUGGCUCGUCGUGUCACUUCCUGUCCCCAUAUGGCCUCAACAAACUCAAAGGUCAUUCGCCACAGACAAGUCGCAUUUCUUGGUUGCAGAGUACUGUCAGCGCUUAUUGCAAUCAGUCUCUUUUUCUUCAAGAUCAUGACAUCAACAACUGUCUCAUUUUAGCUUGUCAACUUGGUGACCUGGAAGCGCUCAUAUCCUUGGCCCCACGUAAGGAGAAACUUCUGCCACGCAAACAUACUGGCCCUACUCCUCUUCACUAUCUCUUCAUGUUCGAUCAAGAUGAAGAGACAUUACAACGCGCAAUGGAAAUCUUGCUACCGACACAUCUUGACUCUCGAAGUCUAUUACUUGAAUCCUACUGCUCCGAAACCCAGACUCUCGAUCAACAGCUACCAUUCUCCCUAAGGGGUACUCCUCUGGCCUUUGCUGUUGACGCCGGUUCACUAGCAGCUGUGAAAGCACUACUAGGGGUUGGGGCGAACCCCCUUUCUCGCAGCCCAGAGAGUGAGACAUCUCCAGAUGUUAGUUCUCAAAGUUCACUACGGAAGGCCAUAUCUUAUCAUAGAGCAGAUAUCUUCUUGCUUCUAUGGCAGUCAUGUAUGAAUAACCCAGACUGGUAUAAUGAGCUCCUUAACGGGGUAUUGACGGGUGAAACAUGUCUUUUCUCACAACUGUGUGAGAGGUCUUUCUAUGAACUAUGGGUCAUAGGGAAUGGCAAUCACCAGAUAAGGGGGUCAGAGAUGGUUUCGACUUUGACGGGAGCCAUUUGGAACCUUCUGACUUCCAAUCCGGAAUACCAAAAGUCGUCAUUUGCGCGAUACUCUGCUGCUGGAAUGAGAGCCAUCCUCAUCCAGGACGGACUGGAGAUUGCCAAAGACUUACACCGCUCUAUCAAUGACAUUAGCCGUUCAUCUAUACCUUCUUUUCUAGGGGAAGAGCAACAGAAAGCCCUAUUACAAUCACUACUUGAAAUGGCUUGCAAAGGGAAUAUUACGCCAAACCGCGCGAUCAAGUAUAUUGACUUUGGCGAAGUCUUAUUUUCAGCCAUUUCACCAGCCAUGGGCUUUCAAGCUCUGCUUUCUGCGGUUCGCCAUCAUAACGACAGCCUCUUUGCUCUACUACUCCCUAGCAGUCAACAUCUACACCAGGUUGAUGAGGAUGGCAGGAGUAUUAUAUGGCACAUGAUUGACUCAGGCUUCUCGCACAUGAUUCCCCUAUCAAAGGUCUUCGAGCAGGGUCUCAAACUUGAUGAUGUCGACGGCUUCGGUGAAUCAUAUUUGCAUUGCGCAGUGCGCAACAGAUCCGUUGACGACACUGUCACACUAAUCAAUAUGGGAUUAGAUGUCGAUAGGAAACUUCUUGACGGCACCACAGCAAUGCACAUCGCCGUGCAAAAUACUGAUACGGCCAUGAUUCAAUGCUUGCUGGACCACGGUGCCUCUAUCAAUGCAGCUGAUAAUCAACAACGAUCACCCAUUCAUAGUCUGUUCUUGCAGACUCCGCAACAUGAGUUAGCAUCUGCGAUUGCAGUCGCUAAGCUAUUGCUGUCACGUGGUGCCUCAACAACGACAAUGGAUAGCGACGGUUCCACGCCCGUUCAUGCUCUCGCACUGUGGGAUGUCAGUACGGUCUGCUCACCAGGAUUUGCUUCCCUCAUACGCCGAAUGAGCUUAUCAGCUCGUGACAAACUUGGCGCGACAAUAUUACAUUCUGCUGCGCGUCUCUUCAAGGAUAAGCUAGUCGCGAUACUUAUUCAGUCAGGGGCAAAGGUUGAUGAUCAAGACAACAAGGGUGCCACUCCUCUACACGCUCUUAUAUCUCAGAUGUGUCUCAUGAGGUUCACAUCCAAUGACCAAAUCAUUCCCACUACCAAAGCAUUGCUUCAAGCCGGACCAAGAAUGGAUCUGGUGGACAAGUAUAACCGCACAGCUAUUGGCUCUAUGAUCCUAGCUUGCAAGAACCAAAAUACCAUUCAAGUAACCCUAAGAGAUACUGGUGUUCAGUUUGAACAACGCCUUUCUUUAGUGAAAUGCAUUCUGCUUCAUUGCUACAUGGCCUCACCGGUGUAUCCCUCAUUGGUUCAUCCAAUCUCACAUGCUUGGGAAGUGGCAGUGCUCAACAUGCGUUGGUCUGUUGUCCGAGAAAUGCUCUUUCAUGGCAAGGUAGAUCUCGGCCUUCUAGCGUGGCCUAGAGGGAUGAAGUUUCUACUAUAUUCCAUUGAACACGCUGAUCUUUGCAUAUUACGCUUAUUUCUGGGCAGAGGAUUUGAGCACUGGUCACCGCAUAUUCUGGCUGGAGAUGUCACACAGCGCUCGGACCCCAGUUCAGAAAUUUCCAAGGCUAAUAUGAAUUGGUCACCUGAAAAGCAUAUCUUAUGGGAGAGUCAAAUACCAAGAUACGGAGUUCAUUCUAAGCGUGGUAAUGGGGACAUACUGCGAGAGAUCCUGGAAUUCCUUGUCGAGAAUAAAGAUUUGUACAAGAUGGGGUCAUUAAACGGCGAAUCAACUUUCGGCAGACCUGUGUCGUGGAUUCUCGUCGAUCAGUUGGCCACUGCAUGUCAAUUGGGCAGACGCUAA